CUGAAGGGGUCAUGAUGCACUGCAGUGCCGUGGACACAUCUCCUCUAAUCCUCAAAGGGCCAGUGCUCAGUGCUGGACAACACUGCCUUGACAGUAGCCACAGCAACCUUGAGGCAGAGACAGUUGCUAGGCAAGUGGAAUUCAGUCUACGGAAAAGAUGAAUUUGGCAUUAAUCCAUGAGAAACUGAUCAUUAAGUCAUUCUGGGAGCAGCGCAUUGAUAAGCACUCCCAUGUAAGCGAGACUGAGGAAAGCAGAAUGAAGAAGAGCGCCCUGGGCAAGCUGAGAGAUGAAUGGCUCUGGAGAAUGGAGGCCCGAACCAAACAUCUGAAGACCUUCAACGAGGAACGCCUGAAGAGAACCAAGCCAGAGAAGCAGCUGGAGGAAUUACAGCAGAGGGAGGAGAAGAAAGCGAGAGAGGACGAUGAAGGGAAAGACAACAGGGAAGCUAAUGGGACGCAGGAGGUCGAGAACUCAGAGGACGUGGAGGAGAUGGAGCAGAAUGGAGAGGAGGAACCAAAUGAGAACUCGGAAGAACAGGAGGAGACUGAUGUAGUGGAGGAGACAGAAGUGACGGAGGUGAAUGAGGAGAGUGGGGGGAAUGAGCCAAAAGACACGGAGCAGGACGUUGAGAUUACACUGAACGGGGAGGUUGACUCAGAGGAGAUGCAGACCGAGAAGCCAGAAAUGGAGAUCGAGCCGACAGAGCAGGAGUGAGCCUCUUCCUUCUCGCUUUACCCCCACUAGUGAUGAACACAAAUGCCUGCCAUUCCCAAUAAAUUAUACAGUUGUAAUAGUCAGUUGCAUAGU